AUGUCCGAGUCAGCCGGCGCAAACGCUCCGAAACCGAGCAGCAGCGUGAAGCUAGUUUUGCUGGGUGAGGCUGCCGUCGGCAAGUCGUCACUCGUUCUUCGAUUUGUCAACGAUGAUUUCCAGGAAAACAAGGAGCCCACCAUCGGCGCUGCCUUCCUGACACAGAAAUGCUCUCUUCCUACGCGCACAAUCAAGUUUGAGAUUUGGGAUACUGCAGGCCAGGAACGAUUCGCUUCUCUCGCUCCGAUGUACUACCGCAACGCACAAGCCGCUCUCGUGGUCUACGAUGUCACCAAGCCCUCGUCCCUGACGAAAGCAAAGCACUGGGUUGCCGAGCUCCAGCGCCAAGCAAGCCCCGGGAUCGUCAUCGCUCUUGUCGGUAACAAGCUGGACUUGACCAACGACGGCGGCGAUACUUCUGCGGCAGCGGCCGCUGGAUCCGAGAGCGAGCCCGUUAGAGAUGAUGGAGAGGAGGGUGCUGCGGAGGAAGGCGAAGAGCAGGACACGACCCCUGGCGAUGCUCGAAAAGUGUCGACCCGUGAAGCGAGCUCGUAUGCAGACGAGGAGGGUCUCUUGUUCUUUGAGACUAGUGCUAAGACCGGAACUAACGUGGUGGACGUUUUCACUGCCAUCGCUAAUGCCAUUCCCGAGAGCAGCCUGAAAACCGGCCGUGGCGGUGCCGGCACGGGCCAGACUGCGCUGGGAGGCCGGUCGGCGGAGGACUCUCGAGUAAACCUUGGCGACCGAAGUGCAGCGACAGCAAAGGAAGGCUGUGCUUGUUGA